AUGUGCAGCCCCAGGGCUGGCGGUGGGGACACAACGGCACCUCCGCAGCCGCAGGGGGUACACGAGGGCACCUCCAGCAUAACCCCCGUAUUAGGGACACAAAGGGACCUCUGCAGGGCGCGGAGAGGGGCCACGGGGGCGACCCAGAGGAUGCUGACAGCAAGGAGCACGGACCCAGCACCGAGGCACCGCCGCGGCCGGCCAGGCGGCCCCGGCCCCUCGGGGCCCUCGCUACCGGCGGGGGGACCGCAGAGCCGGGCAGAGCCCCGCGGCCCCGAGGGCCGCUCCGGGGAGCCCUCAUCCCCCCGCGGGCCCCCUCACCGCCCCGGCGGCCCCGCGUUACCUGGCGGCGGCGGCUCAGCCGCGGCGGGCGGCGGCGGGGGCGGCCCCGGCCAUGUUGGUCAGGUGACGGCGGUCACAUGCGGCCGCCGCUCCGCCAUGUGCGCGGGGGGGGCCGGGCCGCGCUCGCCGCCGGGCCCCCGCGGGGCCGGGCCCGGGCUCCCUCCAGCGGCCGCGGGCCGGGGGGGGCCGCGGCGGGUGCGCGCGGCCGGGGCGCGGGGCCGUGCAUGGGCAGCGGCGGGGCGUGACGCGGCGGCGGGGCGUGACGUCACCGUGACGUCAGAGGCGCCCCGGGCUGUCAGCUGGAGCCGGGCGAGCCGCGCUGACGAGGCAGCCGGUCUUAAAGGGGUCCUCACCCGCCGCGGGCGGACCCCACCGGCGGCAGGCACCGCACGCUACGGGAGCUGCCCGGCCCCGGUGACCGUGAGCCGAGCCGGGUCCUCCCGGCGCCGCCCGGGCGCUGCCGGGCCUCCGAGCCCGGCGGGUGCGGCGGUACCCACGGGGCACACGGUCACGGCAGCCACGGGCGGCCGGACCGCGCGCGGCCCCUUUAAGGGCGCCGGGGGCUCCCGCCGGGCAGCGCCGCAUGGCGCGGCGGCGCGUGGGAGUCACGUGGGUGGGACGUGGCGGCCGCCGAUUGGCCGCCCGGCCCCGGCCCGCUGCAAUCAGCUGUUACUGGGACGAAGGGCAGGAAACGGCCUUAAAGGGGCACCGCACCUCAGAACCUCGCCCCGCGGGGCGGGAGUGGCAGCGCCGGGAGUGCCGGCGGGGCAGCGGGCGAGCGCCCCUGGUCGGGUCGGGCCGGGCCGCCGCUGCGCUGCGCUCUCCCCCGCCGGCACCCGCGGCGGGCGCGGCCCCUUUAAAGAAGUUGUCCAGUCAUCGCGCGGCGCUGCCAAGUCAUCGGGGUCAGCCGAGUUCUCGCGGCCACGCCCCCCGCGCACGCCCAUUGGUGCGCGCGGCGAGCGCUCACUUCUGAUUGGUCGAGGACUUAGAGCAACUUCUCGGAAUCGGGGCUGUGUCACCAGCCCCGGCGCGGGGAGGCGCCGCCCGACGGCGGGUGGGGGCGGCCGGGCUGUGCCCGCGACGGCGCCACGCCCCGCCCGGGGCCCGCGGAAGGGUCGAGCUCCUUCGGAGCCGCCCUGCCCCCGCCGCCCCUUCACCCGCUUGAAAAUGCCAACUCACAGCACGCGGGGCACGCCGGGAGCGCCGCGCCGCACUACAACUCCCGGCGUGCCCCGCGGCGGGGUGGCCCCGUCCGUUCCUAAGGCAACCGCCGCCCGGCCGGGCGGGAGCCGAGCUCUCCCCCCCGGGGGGUGGGCGGGGCAGAGCGCUGGCUUUCCCUUCCCAUUGGCUGAGCCGAAGCAGCUGGCUCCCGUCCAGGUGGGACCCUGCCAGCGCUGCUGGAUGCCCGAGGUGCUGCCAUGCUGCCCUGCUCCUGGCUAACCAGCACCAGUUCUUCAGUGGCAAGCUUUAUGUCCUUCUCCAGUAGCUAAAGCUGCCAGUUGAAGAACUGUUGAAUGUAGCCACUCUCUUCUCGUCACCGGGACCUUGGAUGCCAGCCAGAGCCGUGCCAUGAGCCACUCUGCAGAGUCCUGAGGAUUGGAGAGCUGAGGAUGAGUCCGACCAGGAUGAAGAAAGCCUCCUGGGAGCUUCCAGACAGAGCCUUGGCUGGAGGAUUGUAGGCAGCUGUGGCAGAAGGGAUGCCAAAUUGUGUCCCCCCCCCCGCCCUCAGUGGGGUGGCAUUGAGCUGGGAGGAGACUGAGAGAAGCAUUAAACGUUGUUUUGCUCAA